GUUACURGAGCGCAUAAGAUUUUCAAAGAUGAACAUCAGUUUGACCCCAAUGAACACUGUGGAACGCAGCCCGAUGUGAACUCCUUCGAUUCUGUUUCAUCUGAAAAAUCAAGAUUGGCAAGAACAAUUGAGAACUUACGUCGUGGUCUUGGUCAUGUGGUCGACACUGAGGAUGUCUACCGACCUUACUUGACAACUAACGAAACUAGAUACACUGAAGUUGUAUUCGUGGUGGACAAUGGCGUGUACGAAAGAUUUAAAGACACCAAGCCUGUCAUCAAUAAAGUUCUUACGUUGUGUAAUGCAGUUGACGCGGUCUACCAGAGAAUCAAUAUUCGAGUUGUUGCCAUUGCCAUCGAGAUUUGGACGAAUGGCGACCGAAUGCAACGACAUGGAAAAAAUGGUAGCCUAGAGCUGUCAGAGUUUGCCGAAUACCGCAAGAAAGAGCUUUUACCCAAAAUCCCACACGACAACGCGCAGUUUCUCAGUCAUCACGGCUGGGGCAAGGCAGCUGGCAUGGCUUAUGUUGGGGCUAUGUGCAAGACGCCAAACUCCUGUGCCGUCAAUACG